CUCGUAAACAAAAGUAGGGAAAUUAUAGUAUAUGGAUAUGCCAAUCAGAAUGAAAAUAGAGCCUCUCAGACGUGAGGGAAAUUCAAGGGGACAUGAAUAGUUUGUAUCUCACUAGAGGCUGAGUAAAGGUUCCCUAUAUCUAGUUCGGAUGCUCAGAACCGAUAAAUAUAUCUGCUGUGCAUCUACACGGUAGACACUUAAUGUGAAAGCUUCUGACGUAGAUUGCGUCUCCAACCGGGCGCACUCGAUGUGAUGGUAAAAGUAUACUAUUCUAACGGUCUUGAAAAACUCACCAGCCAGUCAAGAUACAGUGUUUCGUUAUAAAACAAUUACCAAUAAAACCACAGUGAACAAAUAUGCUUGGUAUUAUUAGUAAACCUCUACGUCAGUAGGACUAAACCAUGUUGACAACGUUGGGCGAUUCUAGAAAGGAUAAUGACUCACCAAUCGGAGUAAAGCCCUUGCAAAUGAAAUAGGCAUCUCGAAACAAACGAUAAGAUUACAGAUAAUAUGAAGUCAGGGAAUACUAGUAGCAUAACUCUACUAUCUUUCAAGCAGCAUAAUUCUGACCAUCCUUAACUUAAUUCUUCUGUAGUAACACCACUGCACUCCACAGCUUUCCUGACCAUUACUUGGUGUGAAUUUUUUAAUAGUCAAAUAUUCUUCAGCUGAUCGGCCAUCACGUCAUCCGAAUUCCCUGACAGGACAAACUUCCUCAUGAGAUAAUACCUUGAGCCAGACUAUUUGUGAUUCCGUCUUAAGUAUUGUGCACAAGUUCGACGAUCAUUAACUCUAUACUGAACAAUUCUAUUUGUUUCAAAGUCCCAAGGACAGUUUAGAUAUGCAACCACGUUUUACGGCACCUUCGGUUUCGCGCAAAAAUUCUAGACCUAUACUGGUUGUGAUCAACUUACUCAAAGUCAUUAGUAUGGUAUACUUUUACUGAUGUAGCUAAGCGCAUGGUCAAGGGCGUUUGUGUGAUUUCCCAAGAUCACGGGUGCAUUACGAUCUAACCUACAUAGGAGAAUUAUUCAGGGACUACCAUAUAUAGGGAUGAUUGGUGAAUGCAAAAAGUACGAUAGUCAUCGUUCACAAGCGUUCUUGUUCUGUCAACCCUAAGACUGGAGACCACAGUAACAGUGUGGUGAAGACCGUAGAACUAUCUUCAACCUUACAAAAUAUCUAGAGGUAAACUAAACUGGAGUCAUAUAGACAAACUUUUGUAUGGCACCUGCGUUGAUUUGCAUACUGAUGAAUCCACUGCAAACCUUAAUCAGCUUGACGGUCAAAUAGGAAGUAUAUAUAUGUUCUAAUUUUCGAUAAUAAAUGAUUCAUUCCUGUCACCUAUAUUCCGACUGGAGAAAAAGUCUCUUAAGGCCAUCCAUACAUUACAGUUCAACCUGUAUAAACAAUGGUCCAAUGCUCUGUGAUUUUCAAGGAAUGUCUGUCUAAAGUGUUUUUAUAAAAUGUAGACUAAUUGUUAAAGAUGAUUAUUUCGGUACUAAUUAUUGGUCUUAGCGUUUUUGGUUAGCGACAGACUCGUUCGAAGUAAAGAAUGGUGUCAGGCAAGGUUGCUUACUCUCACCCUUUCCCUUUCUCUUGGUAAUCGAUUGCAUCAUGAAGACGUCAACAUCUGAAGGGAAGCACGGGAUACAGAGGACAGCUAGGAUGCAGUUGGACGAUCUAGACUUCGAAGAUCAUCUGGCCCUCCUAUCAACGACCAGUGUAGCAACAGCCUCAGAAGCAGUAGGUCUCAAUAUACACAAAGGGAAAAGCAAGAUUCUACGAUACAACACAGCAUGCACCAAUCCAAUCACAAAUGACGGAGAAGAUUUGGAAGAUGUAAAAAUCUUUACAUAUUUGGGCAGCAUCAUUGAUGAACACGGUAGAUCUGAUGCAGAUGUGAAGGUGCGAAUCGGCAAAUCAAGAGCAGCAUAUCUACAACUGAAGAACAUCUGAACUCAAAACAACUGUCAAUCAACACCAAAGUCAGAAUUUUCAAUACAAAUGUCAAGACAUUUGUGCUGUAUGGGGCGGGAACCUGGAGAACUACGAAAGCCAUCAUCCAGAAAAUACAAGUUUCUAUUAACAGUUGUCUACGCAAAAUACUUCGGAUUCGUUGGCCGGACACUAUUAGCAACAACGUACUGUGGGAGGGAACAAACCAGAUCCCAAUGGAGGAGGAAAUCAGGAAGAAGCACUGGAAGUGGAUAAAACACAAAAUGAGAAAUAAACCCAACUUCGUUACAGGGUAAUCCCUCACUUGGAAUCCUCAAGGCCAAAGGAAAAGAGGAAGACCAAAGAACACAUUACUCCGAGAAACGGAGACAGACAUGAAAAGAAUGAACGAUAUUGUAUAGAAUUAGAAAGGAAGGCCCAGGAUAGAGUGAGUUGGAGAAUGCUGGUCGGCGGCCUACGCUCGAUUGUGAGUAACAGGCGUAAGUAAGGAAUUAUUUGUCUUCUCAGAAGUUUGCUUUUCAGUAAACUGUGUGGUUUUCUUGGCUAUUUUAAAUACUGUUUUUUUAAAAAACGGAAGAGAUAAUCGAUCACUUUAUUCUUCAAUUUUAGAUUCAACAAAUGCUAAUCUACUUUCAUCAUGGACAACAUAUAAAACAGAAGACUUAGAGGAUGACAGUUUCUAUGAUUGACAAAUAAAAAUGUCUGUAUAAUACAUUUCUUCUUUGUUGGGAUAAUGAUGAUAAUAUCAGUGAAAUAACGCUCAUAUUUCUCAGUACACAGACACUAAAUUGCUUGGGAUGGGCAAUGAAUUAUUUGUUUGCGUAUAUAAUUCACUCGCUCUUUACUACAUACCUAUUCAGCACUAUUCUUCUACAAGGCCUCAAAAUAACUCAAGUUAAGAACACGCGAUUCACCUGACUAGUACGUGUAUUGUUUAGCAAUUAUCAACCUACAAUGCAGUAAGUACACGGGUAGGGAAAUACAUAAGACAUAUCAAUUACUUAUCAGACUAUCUACCAAUCUGCCUACGACAACAAUCAAUCACUAUUUUCUUUCGAUCAGACAACAAUCAGUGUGCGUGAAAUUUUUAUCUCAUGUCACAAUGUUUAGUGAAAAGUAAAUUAUAUUGUAAAUGAACAGACCAAUACAAUUCCAUAUCCUAAAAAAAUUUAUUACCGGAGUCGAUCCAUUCCUUAUGUGUAUAGAUCUGCUUACUUAUUUUAGAUUAAGAAUUUUAAUUGACCAUCUAGCUUUAUCGUUAACAAAUGACAUGAUAUUUACGAGUUUUGUUGUACAAUAAUGAAUAUACGAUUCAUGAACAUGAGAACAUUUCUGUUGAUAAUUAAAUCACCGGAAGUUUUUUCAAUUUUAAGCAUCAAGAAAUAAGAAAGUCAACUAGGUAAGUGUAAAUUAACUUGUUACUUGUAGAAACAGUAUAAAGUUUAUUAAAGUGGCUGACCACUCUGAAGUAAAGCAAUAAUGGUGAUGUGCUUUAUAUAUAAACUUGUGAAAAGUGAGUACUCGAGGGAAUAUUGCAAGCAAACAUGACCAUGAAAGUUGGCAAUAGAGAAAGUUCAAAUGGUUAACAAAAAUUCACUACAUAUGCAUCUGAUAUUCAAGGAUCUAGCAAAAUGUUAAUAAUGAGUUUGCGCAGAACAAAUCAAAUAAUGUUCAAUUCAGAAAAAGCUACAACUAGUGUUUUUACUCAUCGGAUAGCUGCACCGAUACUGGCGGAUAAACUACUUUCAACUGACCUGUAGAGAAAGUUACGUUGAUAGAUGUUUUAAGAAUUUAAUUUUUCGUAUUUGCAAACACUUUCAACAGUGACCAAGCGAAGGCGUAAUUAUAACGAUCAAAAGUCCCCUCCUAUUCCAUCUAGUUAAAAUGGGUCACAGCGUGAAUUAUUCUUUUAUUAAUUACAUGCCAAAAUCUACCAAUUGGCAGAAACAUCAAUGAAAAAGGCUGAAACACCGGAGAAUUGAAUACAGAAGAAAUUUCUCUUACUGUGGCCAAACC